UUUUUCAUUUUUGUUUGGUUUUUAUUUUCCCCUCUUCUGCUUUUCUCUGCUUUUUACCUUUUUAACCUUUGUGCUGAAACUAUGCCAAGGCUGUGGCAUUUUUUUAACAUAAACCGAGGGAGAAAAGAACUACCACUCCUUCCUUAGUCUCCCUCUGUUUCUUACACACACUUGCACACGAGGGCAGUUUUUCUGUGGUGGAACCUCCCGGUGCUCCUUGGGUAAUGCCGAGCAGCAGUAAGAGUGGGGGCGUGUCUGGCCCCACCUCCCCACCACACCCCACUGUUCCAUCCCGCCCUCUUCGACCUAGUCGCUAUGUUCCGGUGUCUGCAGCAACAGCCUUCUUGGUGGGAGCAACUACACUCUUCUUCUGCUUCACGUGUCCAUGGCUUUCAGAGCAGUUUUCCGUUGCUGUGCCAAUAUAUAAUGGCAUCAUCUUCCUUUUUGUGUUGGCCAACUUUUGUAUGGCCACCUUCAUGGACCCUGGCAUCUUCCCUAGAGCUGAGGAAGAUGAGGAUAAGGAGGAUGAUUUCCGUGCUCCACUCUAUAAAACUGUGGAGAUUCGUGGCAUACAGGUGCGCAUGAAAUGGUGCUCUACCUGUCGAUUCUACAGGCCACCUCGUUGCUCACACUGUUCAGUGUGUGACAACUGUGUGGAGGAUUUUGAUCACCACUGUCCGUGGGUGAAUAACUGUAUAGGUAGGAGGAACUACCGCUACUUUUUUUUGUUCCUGCUCUCUCUGACUGCUCACAUCAUGGGGGUGUUCGGCUUUGGCCUACUCUACAUCCUCUACCACACACAGCAUCUCGACCAAGUACACUCUGCUGUCACUAUGGCUGUUAUGUGUGUAGCUGGACUUUUUUUCAUCCCUGUAGCAGGCCUUACUGGUUUCCACAUUGUGCUGGUUGCAAGAGGCAGGACCACUAAUGAGCAGGUGACAGGGAAGUUCAGAGGAGGAGUCAACCCCUUCACCAAUGGCUGCUGGAAGAAUGUGUCGCGGGUUCUCUGCAGUUCCCAGGCACCCAGAUACCUGGGCAGAAAAAGGAAAUCUCAGACAGUAUCGGUGCAGCCUCCAUUCCUCCGGCCGCAGCUCUCUGAGGCACAGCUAGCAGCCAAGGUGCUCGACAAUGGUAUCCAAGGAGAUCUACACCGGUCUAAGAGUAGUUUAGAGAUGAUGGAGAGUCAGUCUGCAGAUGCUGAGCCACCUCCUCCUCCUAAACCGGAGCUCAGAUACCCCGGUCUGUCCAGAGCAUCCAGUGGACACUCUGAAGAGAGUAGCCUGUUAAAUAAAGCUCCACCAACUCCCACCAUGUUCAAGUACCGGCCUACAUACAGCAGCCCAGGGAAGAACCACACUGCACUGACACAUGCCUAUGCCAACCAGAUGAGUCGUGGGGACAGUCUGAAGGAGUCCUCCUCCUCUCUCCUCCAGUCCAGUCAGCAGCAGGGCUACCGCUCUGAGCCCAGUCUAGAUGGCCGUGAGGGUGGAGGAGGAGAGCGUGGGGGUGCAGAGCGAUCCGCCGGAAGCCAAGGGGCACCUCUGGGCUCUGGAAUGCCUGGUUAUUCCCUUGGAGGGCGCUCUUACCCCUCCUUCUCUGAUCCCACUGUGCUCUCUGGAGGUGCCUCCCAUUCCUCCAGUGUUCGCUCCUCCCAUAAUGUGCCUGCCUCUGAAGCCACCACAUCCACCAGCUACAAGAGCCUAGCCAAUCAGACACCACCUCCAGCCCCUCGUAACGGCAGCUUGUCAUAUGACAGCCUGCUCACACCUUCCGAAAGCCCGGAUUUUGAGUCUGCAGCACCAGAGUUGUCACCUAGGCAACCACGCACACCAGUACUUGGAUACAGCUCUCCCUUCCUAUCCGCGCAAAUAGCCCACCAACGGGAGGCAGAGCUUCACCAGAUCUCUUCCUCUAGCUCCUCCCUGCUUGCUUCGCCGCAUCGUGGUGCCUACCUGCGUAGCUCUGCCUCUUCCCCACCCCUAGCCGCCAUGAGCGAGAGUGUGAGCGGUUACUCCACAAUCCACAGCCUCACCCACACCAUCACCACCAUCACCAUCACCACCACCACCGGCCUACACGCUUCUCCCGUCCCCCGCUUCUCUCUGACCCGGGAGUGUCUCAGCCCUCAUAACCCGUACGCACCCGCUCCACCGACGCUUCGCUGCCUCCCUCUACUCACCCACCGCGCUCUGGCCACCCCCCUCCCUUAGGGAAGUCUCUGUCCUACUCCAGCGCCGCAGCUGCUGAGAUGCAGUAUCGCCUGGUCCGCAAAGCCUCCGCCUCGGUCGGGGAGGGGCAUACAGGCACCAAGUGAGUAACACCCCCUCAGCAUUUCGACGCUCUGCGCAGCCUGCUGCCUCCUUCUUCCUCCUCCUACUCCUCCUCCUCCCAGACU